UCCCCCCUCGUGUCGCCGCGGUGUGCACGGUGAUGCAGCCUGACUUCAGUUAGCAUGCUAGCUGUUAGCCGCGCCGCGGUACGUUGGCAGCAGCAGCAGCAGCAGCAGCGCGGUGUCCAGAUGCCGCGGUUGGCGGCGAGGAUACAGACGCCAGUUUAACUGGUGUCGUCCCGCCGCGCGGCCCGGUGACGUGUAAUAACACAAAGGGGCACGUUUGCGGUCGUUCCGCGCAGAAAUAUGUAAAUCGGCGCCGUGGAAUCGAUCCGUUUGCUUGCAGUGGAUUCGUCAACCACGUGGUAGUUAACGUGCUGCCCGCCGCGCCGCCGCGGGACUGCGCGUUACAGACGCCCGGUCCUCUCCCCCCGCGGCCACUUCCCCCGAAUUGCGUGUAAUGUGUCCGUUGAUGCAUUUACAGCGACUACGUGAAUUUUGGGGAAAGGGGGGCGGGUGUCGGCUUUGCUAUGUGCGUAGCAGCCUGCGCCGCGUGCUAGCGUUAGCUUAGCACGGCUAACCAGUUAGCUGCCAGAACGCACGGGUUUUCUCCCCGAGUCGCGUGCACACGGACUCCACGCGUUGGAGUGAAACGUGUCGUCUCGUGUGUGUAUGUAUGUAUGUGUGUGUGUGUGUGUGUGUGGGGGGGGGUGUAUCUUCAACCCGUAGCAGCAGACCAGGGAGUAACUGCUAGCUUAGCGUGAACGGUAGAAAGCAUUGUUCUCCGUGGUGCCAGGGGGCCUCCAGCAGCUGCUGCUGCAGGAGGAGGUGGUGGUGGAGGAGUCACAUUUCACUGGUGCCGCCGUCCAGACGGUCCGACGCGCCCUCCGGCGGCCAUGUUGGGGCUCCGCAGCCUCGCCGCGCAACAGCUGACUUCGCGCGUGAAUAACAGCGGCAUGCGUUUGUUGUUCCGCGCGGCGUCUGGUCGGAUAUCUGACGCACAUUUGGUAAAUGUGAUGGUGGACUGCGGAGGUCGAGCGCACGGUUCGUGCAUUGGACACCGACAGAAGACCGCACGUCCUCAUCAUGUGUCCCAAUGGAAACCGGGACACCGCACUCUACUUGGCCAACAUCCCCCUCAGCCCCGAGACGGCCCAGGACCAGGAGAGACGAAUCCGCCGUGAGAUCGCCAACAGCAACGAGCGCCGGCGCAUGCAGAGCAUCAACGCUGGUUUCCAGUCGCUCAAAACGCUCCUGCCCCAAGCAGACGGAGAGAAACUCAGCAAGGCGGCCAUCCUGCAGCAGACAUCAGACUACAUCUUUGCCUUGGAGCAGGAAAAGACGCAGCUGCUGGCACAGAACAACCACCUCAAGCGCUUUCUCCAGGACUUUAGCGGCUCGUCGCCCAAGAGGAGGCGAGUGGAGGAGAAGGACGAAGGGAUCGGCUCUCCGGACACGCUGGAGGAGGAGAAGGUCGAGGAGGUGAGGAGGGAGCUGCUGGAGCUCCGACAGCAACUGGACAAGGAGCGCUCGGCUCGUAUGCAGCUGGAGGAACAGGUGCGAUCUCGGAACAACCAGCUGCUGCCGGACCGCCUGAAGGUGAUCACUCAGCAGGUGGAGGAGGAGCAGGCGCUCCUCCAAAGUCAGACGCUGCUGCGACUGCAGCAGAUCCACGCUGCCGACAGACAACCGCACAGUCCCCAGGUGCUGCCGUCUCCUGCCCCCACCCACCACCCCACGGUCAUCGUACCGGCCCCGGCACUAACCCAGCACCCGCACCACCACACGGCCGCCAGCCCGGCCGCCACCAGCAGCACCGUGUCCACGUCCAGACAGAACCUGGACACUAUUGUGCAGGCCAUCCAGCACAUCGAAGGCACUCGGAAGAGGAGAGCGAGCGCCGAGGAGGAGCAGAGACGAGCCGUCAUCGUGAAGAACACCGCCUGCUCGGACACAGACACCGACACAGAGGGAGAGGACUGCUCGCUGAACUGAUCUGACCCCCCCCCUCCUCCCCCACACCGCCCCUCCCUCCCUCCUCGUGGACUCGCAUACACACACAAACACUUAAGAUACCUACUCACUGUAAGAUUCCCUCCAGGAGCUUGAAUACUUAAAAAAAAAAAGAAAAAAAAAUCUUUCUGAGGCAUUAUACAAACUAAAUCCAGUGGUUAAGCUCUUUGUCAGUCUCGUACUGUAGAACCUGGGCUGGUCCGCGCUCAGAGGAGAUUUCCCUCAUGGGAUUCUAAAGGCUGUUUUUCAAUGUUUGGGCCGCUCCGCGGCUACUUGAAAACCCGGGUCUCCUCGUGUAAAAAAAAAAAAAAAAAAAGCUCUGCGCGUCAGUCCGUCCUUCUCGUGCGUCUGCAUGACGCUGCGCAGAGUCGCAGCGUCACGCCGCUGACUGUCUUCACUGGCGCGCUGACAGUAUUAUUUGCGCGACAAAUUGAUGGCGUCAGUACAGCGGAGAGUUGAAUGUAACAACACAAUAAGCAAACGGCUCUUGAAUCAGAAAAGGGAUCUGGAGUCGCAGGUAUUUCCUCCCCAGUCUUAAUCGCUUUGUUCUUCUUUGUUUCCUGGUCGGCGAGGUGACGUUCUGCCGCCCGCGGCCACACAACCCAACUUAGACUACAACGGAAGGCAUUUCUAAAUUAAGAAGUUAGGGUGAAAUUAAAUUACAGAGUAAAUUUGAGGAACGAUGUUAAAUGAAAUUAUGUCUGAUUUACUUGAAGGAAGAAAAAAAAAAGGUUGUGUUUUUCAUACCUGAAUAAGCCCUUAUAAAAUAAGCUGUUGAACAAUUGACAUUAAUCGUCUUUCAGUUUAUUUGUUCUUCGUGUUCUUUUUAAAACGUUUUUUCCGCCAGGGUUACUGAAUGUUGAAAGGUUAACAUUUUGUUUUAUUAUGAUUAAACACUUAAAAUUGGAGGCGUUUCAGGAUUUUACAGACAACCGGAGGCCUUGAGAUGAAUUUGAUUUUAAAUGGUCCUUUCUUUUCUCCUGGUGGUGUUUGUGUCACACCGCACUUAUGAAAGGCUGUUUUUAUAAAGUGGAACCAGAUGUUUUCAUAUCUGGAAAACAAAUCAAUUUCAAUUCUCCCAUCAAUGUCAGACAAUUUGACUGAAUAGAACGUUGUCCGUGCAUACGAAAAUCCGCAACGUUUGUUUGGUGUUUUCAAUCUGAACCAGAUUGAAACGCGCUCCCAGGCUCUUUGUUUUUACGAAGGCUUCCGGUUUCCCUCCACUCGAUUUCAGUAACUAUGCACUAGUUUUAUGGUAUUUAUGCAAUCCCAUCUCCAGUACGCUACUCGUGUCAUUCGUACGUGACGUGAUCUAUGCACCUACGUGCAGUGUGUACUUCACGCCCACAGUAUGUGGUCUCUGCUCACAUGGUGCUCUCUGUCAACACUUCACACUUGAUCACGUUUAUCACGUGUCAGAGUUAUUCUCGUCUUGUUGGUUUUUUGUUUUUUAGAUUUCCUUUUUGAUUUUCCUGCAAACUGAUACGCAUCAUUUCCACAGCUUGGUAUUGCGUAGGGAGCAGGGAGGAGGAGAUUUAGUGGGAUCCUGCUCACGGGAAGACAAAGUAACGUUGCAUGGUGAGCCGGCCACGUCCUACCCAACUCCAAACGAGAAGGAGUUCCCUGAGGAGAGGAUCAGCUGCUUUAGUUGGAACAUGCUGUCCUGUACAGUAGCUCAACGUACGCUUUCAGUGCAUCGGAUGACACAAGAUGUGAAAGAACUGAAUAGAAGAUCUCUUCCCCCAAUCUCCAUGUUUUAUUUUUUCUUUUUGUAAAAUGCUCCACGUCUGUCCACCUCAUGUUGUGUUGCUUAUGUUUCCCGGGACUUUGACUGGAAAUCCCUGCUCGGGGCCUCCUGUCCUGCUCAAUUUGAUACGCUGACUUGAUGCUGUAAACAUUCCUUUUUAUUUUUAUUUUGUAUCGGUCUUUUGAUCUCUUUUAUAUGUUCUGUUGCCAAUUGAAAUGCAUGUUACUAAUGGCUGUUUUCUUUUCUCUAAAGCUGGCUUUUGUUUUUUUUUACUGUUUUUUUUUUUUUUUUUUUUUUUCUUUUUUUUGCAGGUUUCUUUUUUUUCCAUGAGCACACGACUGAUGCGUUCCGUGUGAAACUGUCUUGGGUGAGAUGUGCCGACAUCAUCCACUCGCUAAACUUCAGUUUUAUAUCUGGGUAGAAUAGUAUUUCUUGCGAAACACGGUGAGAAACUGCGACCUGUUCUUUGGGUAACUUGGUUCAAGGGUUUGUCGUUUUGUUGACACGUGGUGAACUACCAGCUGAGUUCAGGCGGAGGUGAUUGGUCAGCUGAACACUUUCGCCCAAAUGUUCCUGUACGUUGUGUUGCAGCACUGUUGUCUUUUGGUGGACUUUGAGAUAUUUGAUAUAAAGCACUUGCUGUUCUUUACUGCCUGAAUCAAUGAUGAGGAAGAAUUACUUUUUUUUUUUGCUAUUUCUUUUUUUUGUAAACACUCAACGUUUUCUUGUUGUGUUCUGCUUUUCUGUCUUUCUGUCUUCAUUUGUCUUUCUGUCUCUGGUUUGACCAUUUUUGAUGACCAUCUUCUGUUUUUUAUUAUAUUGUUUUUUUAUUUUUCCCAUCAGUCCAGAUCGAUGAGAAGCUGUUAUAUUUUUGUUUAUAAAAAAAAAAAAAACUUGGGUAAACAGGCCUUUGUAAAGACGAAAAAAAAUAAAAUUUGUACCUUUUUUAUUACA